GGAUUAUCCCUCAGCCUCUGAGACAUGCUGGUGUGGUCAGACUUAUCGUCCUCUCUGGGUUCACUUUGGCCGCAGAGGUCAAAGCUGUAAAAAUAAAAUUUGCUGAAUAUUCUUUACCCCUUGAAGUACCAGCUCUGAAGGACACAUUUGGACUACAACAUUAUUCCAUUCCAACAGGAGCCAUUUAUUUUUAGGAGUUGAGUUUUAUUUCAAGUUUUUUCUUAUUUUGCAACGAUGGAGGAAAUUACGUGCAUGAGGAACCCAGCUCUGCUGCAGAGGACAGGUUUAGUCAUUAGAGUGCUUUGCCACAUCCAGGAAAAUGUCUGGCUCCUACGAUGAAAGUGCAGGUGCUGACGACACCAUGGACAGCUUCUGGGAGGUGGGGAACUACAAACGUGCUGUCAAGAGGUUUGAUGAUGGCCAUCGGCUCUGUAAUGACCUUAUGAGCUGCCUGCAGGAACGUUCCAAGAUAGAGAAAGCCUAUGGUGAUCAGCUAACUGCUUGGUCCAAGAGAUGGAGACAGCUAAUUGAAAAAGGUCCACAGUAUGGCUCCGUGGAAAGAGCCUGGUUGGCUGUGAUGACCGAGGCCGAGAAGGUGAGCGAGUUGCACCAAGACGUGAAAAACAACCUUGUGAACGAUGAUGUUGAGAAAGUGAAGAACUGGCAGAAGGAAGCGUACCACAAGCAAAUGAUCGGAGGAUUCAAAGAGGCCAAGGAGGCAGAGGAGGGCUUCAAGAAGGCUCAGAAACCAUGGGCUAAGAAGCUCAAGGAGAUGGAAACAGCAAAGAAAGCUUACCACAUGGCCUGUAAGGAGGAGAAGCUGGCUGCAACCAGAGAGGCCAAUGGCAAAACUGAGGCUUCAGUCACACCAGACCAGCAGAAGAAACUUCAUGAGAAAGUGGACAAAUGCAAACAGGAUGUGCAGAAAGCUAAAGAAAAGUACGAGAAGUCUCUGGAGGAGCUGAACAAGUGCACCCCUCAGUACAUGGAGAGCAUGGAGCAGGUGUUUGACCAGUGCCAGCAGCAUGAAGUCAAGAGGCUGACCUUCCUCAAGGAGGCCUUGCUGGACAUCAAACGCCAUCUUAACCUCACUGAGAACCAAAGCUAUUCCACAAUAUACAGAGAACUGGAGCGCAUGAUCUUGGCUGCAAACACACAAGAGGACCUGAAGUGGUUCAGUAACAACCACGGCCCUGGGAUGCACAUGAACUGGCCUGCAUUUGAGGAAUACAAUCCAGAUCAAGCCAAUGCUCCUCCAAAGAAGAAGAAACCAGAUGGAGCCCCACCCACUCCAAGCACCGACCAUGUGGCUCCACCUGGUGACCGUAGCAGUGUGAGCAGCUAUGAUAAGAACCAAGCUUACUCGACUGAGUGGUCUGAUGACGAACAGCCCGCUGCGUACUCAGGCAAUGAAAAUGGAGGCAACGGGAAUUCAUUUGAAGAUGAUUCCAGCACUGGAAAAGGGGUCCGUGUGCGUGCUCUGUAUGACUAUGAAGGCCAGGAACAGGAUGAGCUGACCUUCAAAGCAGGCGAUGAACUGACCAAGACUGAGGAUGAAGACGAACAAGGCUGGUGUAGAGGUCGUUUGGACAACGGCCGAGAGGGACUGUACCCAGCCAAUUAUGUUGAGCCAAUCUAGUCAUGUUACUAGACAAGGACAUGCCAUUGGAGGCAGAUUGAACUGUCCCGUCCAAUUGCACCGCACAUAGCCAGAGACUUAAGAGCAACACAUCCCCUGCCCAACAGACGCGCCAAGCAGUCUUGCCUAAAUAAAAACUUAGUAACCUAAAAGACAGUAUAUCAGUAUAAUAUAUUUUAUCCAUCAUUUGGGGUGGGUGGACUUAAAACAUUGAAAAACAGGAGCAGCAGUUAUUCCAGUAUAUACACACUCAGCUAUAACAUCACAACAGUGCAGGAACACCUUUGCUUCUCUGUGUAGCUGUAUUUAACGUAUAAUGCAGCUUAUUUAAACUUGCAGUAUACUGCAGUCUGUUCUCUUGUGAAAAUGGGAAGAUAAUAUAAUCAGUUAUGCCCAUUAAACAAAGAAGAGCUUCUCUAACCUGCAUUGUGUAUAUACAGUGUGAUGCCAUUUUUGUGUAGCAUUUUUAAUGCUGUGUGUGGUCCGUUGUCAUUCUUACAUCGGGAAUGCUGUGUAGUGUUAAAAGUACCACAGACAGUAUCCUCUUUUUUGUUUUUGUUUUUUUGUUUUUCUUUGUGAUUUGGUCCAAUCUCUUUUCCAGUGUGUGCAGUGCUAUGUGUUUUUAACUGUUUCUGACCUUGCAUAGCAGCAUGUGCUAUGCAAAAACUUGCAUUCCCUGAAUCCUGCAGCCUCAUUUAAGGCUACAACUUGAUGCAACACUUCAACUACCAAUGCAGAGUUCACUUCUAACAUCACAUGCUUCUGGACAUGCACGUUUUUUCUGUUUUCAUGAGAGGAAGCUUGCUGAUGAACUGAUUUUAUGUGUUUGCUUUAUUUUCAACAUUUUUUUUUUAGCAUCACAAGGUCUUUGACAACAUCAUCGUCAUGCAAUUCAUGGAAAUGAUACACAGUACAUUUUCUGCAGAAGCUUUCAUUCUUGGUUCAGUAAUUCUUAUUUUACUCCACCACUGCGAACAAGAAACACAAGUGAUGCAUUCCCUCAGACUGAAGCUGGAUCAAGUCAUCUUCUUGAGGUUGCCACUGCAUUAUAAGAGGAGGGUUUUGAACAAUGCCUGUACCAGGCACUUUUCUUCCAGAUCAAGGGGCCAAUGGAGGCUUGUCAAUGCAUUACUGUGCACCAGACUGUUGUCUGAGAGUCGAAGCCUCUCCAACAGGACAUGAAUGUACUAGUGUUUGGGCUUGAAAGAGGGCAUGUUGUCUAAACAUUGUUCUCCACUGUCAUUUGAAGCCCUACCUAGCAAAAAACACUAGUUAUGUGGCCCGUUUCCCUGCUGAGCCAAAGAAUGACCCGCUACCAUCAGUUAUCUCUUUUCUCUCCAUGCAAUAACUUCACAUAUCACAUGUAAAACAGCUUCAGUGAAGAUCAACUUGUAGCUGCCUCCCAGUCCACCCAAACUUCAUUUAUCUGUAAAGCACUGUGUAAUGACACAGGGAAUACAUUUGUCACCAGGAUUCUAUUGCACAUAAGACGAUUCUUCCACAGUGCAAUACCUAGUUAUUAUUAAAUCUGUAACUUGCUCCAUAGAAAUUAAAUUUCUAGCAGGACUUUUAUUCAUCCGAUUAGAGAAUUUAUCUUGCCACGAGUUGCACCUAAAUCUCUGAUUAAAUAAUUAGAUGGGAGAGAUGCUUUUUAUAACUUAGUUGUCCUGAAGUUUUUAACUUUCACUGGACUGCAGUCAGAUGUGUUUAGCUCUGUGUCUGGAAAUGGAUUCGACAGGUUUGGGUCUCACACAUGAGGAGAAACACAUCACCAGCUCACAAGUUGUGUCUUAGAGUAAAGCUGUCCAGCAUAGCAAAAAGGACUUCUACCAUCAAACUGUCCCACAUCCUCUAUAUACAUCACAUAUACACAGACACACACAAACACACAUACGUUAAAUACACAUUAUACACAAUACACAUCAAAACAUGCAAAUUCAAACACAGAGUCAGCAUUACCAGGUUAAUAUUUUGAGGGAAACAUCUUUGUCAUCCAGUAUGUAUGAGUUGUGUAAAUGUAACAGAAAAAAAAUGUUUAAAAAAAUUGCAAGUGAUUGACUAUAAAGACAAAAUGUAGUGUUAUACAUGUAAAUGUGUUUCAUUAAAAUAACAGCAAUGGAAAACAUAUUAAGUAAUAGGUACCAUAUCGUAUGAAUUUCAUUGCAAUGGAAUUGUCAGUGUACCAUAAGAGCGUGACGUUAUCCCACGCUGUCAGAUUUGUAUAUGAUGAUGUAAUUUAAAGAUUAUAUUCUAUUGUAACUGUACAACUGUGUUGAGUUGAAAAUGAGACCUAACCAUGUUGAGGCAGUAAAAAGGUGUACAUGUAAAUGCUU